GUGAAUAGCUCGAGCGUUGGUUUAUUUUCCUCGUUGACUUGUGGCUCUAUAGACCGUAAAAUUCCCAAAUUACAGAUGGAGUUGAAUACGUUUCUUACUCAGCGGUUAACAGCGGCCGCUGUGGAGAUAUCGGCUGUCUUUGAAAAAAAGAUUGUCGAGUACCAGGUAGAAAUCUCCCGUUCGAAGGAGGAGAACAAACGUCUACAGCGGCUGUUGGAUUUGGUUUUCCACCCGGAAAUCAAGUUACAUCGAGCAGACUCCCAGCAGCUCUCUCUUCCUGCCUCUGAAGAGGAGGUUCCUCCUGAACAGCAGCACUGUGAGCAGGAGAGUAGCCCCCGUCAGUGGCAGGAGGACCCAGAGCCCACACAGAUUAAAGAGGAACAGGAGGAAGUCAGGACCAGUCAAGAGGAGGACCAGCCUCAAGGGCUGGAACCUGAUACCAAAGACGUCUUAAUCCCUGCCUGUGUGAAAAGUGACUAUGAACAGGACCCACCUCUGCCCUCACAUCUUGACCAAACCUUGGAGAACAGAGAGAGGGACUCUCUACCCACCAACACAACUGAACAGAUCAAAACAGAACCUGAUGGAGAGGAUUACAGCAUAUCAGAACCAACCACGGACUCUCAGCUCCUCUCUGAAGCCCAGGUAGAAAACAUAGACGAACGUGUUGAUAGGAUGGAGAGACCCAUUCCCCCUCCCUUCUCUCCAGACUCCCAGCAGCCCUCUCUCCCUGUCUCUAAAGAGGAGGUUCCCCCAGAGCAGCAGGAGAGAAGCCCCAGGCUAGGUCUGGAGGAACCAGAGCCCACAAAACAAGAGGAACUCUGGACGAAUCAGGAGGAACAGCAGCUGGAAUCUGACAGCAGAGUAUCAGAACCAACCAGUGACUCUCAGCUCCUCUCUGCAGUAAAUCCAGACUGUUCUGCAGCUCAGAGUGAAAACAGAGUAUCAGAACCAACCAGUGACUCUCAGCUCCUCUCUGCAGUAAAUCCAGACUGUUCUGCAGCUCAGAGUGAAAACGGUAAAGUUCAUGAGAGUCCCAGCACUUCUUCAGAACAAGAUUCUAGUAACGUGGAAUCAAAUGAAGCAUCUAGUUUCUCUACCUGGAGUGAGGAAAACAUCUCCGUAACAGACAGCAACUCUUCAGACAGUAGCUCCUGCACUAAAGAAGACUCUGAGGCACGUAAACCAGCGAAGAGAACAUGCCAUUCUAGUGGUGUGUUGAAUGAACCAUCUGAUUUGUCCAACUUAUGUGAUGAAAACAACCCGGGGACUGAGAUCAGCCCUUCAGACGGCAACAAAGACAUGAACAUCCAAACAGACUCUGGGGCUCAUAAUCCAGCUAAGAGGAUAUGUCAGAGGGUGCAUGAUGUUGCCGUAGCAAGACGUGGGAGUGGAGAGAUGGCCUCCUGUUCCCGUCCCAAAGUGGCAGGAUCCACUCGAUGUUACACCCACUGCUUGCACUGUCAAGGUCUGUACAUUCGAAAGUCACUACGGAAGCAUGUCAGAUACUGCCCUCUGAACCCCAAAGCUGAAGAACCAAAACCUGGACCAAAGAUGAGGAUUCAGUCAGCAAUGGCGUUCAAGAUGCGUCCUCAACCCGACUACGUCAGCACAGGUCUUUGGAAGAUAGUUUGUGGUAUGAACUCCGACCGAGUUUCAUUUGUGGUUAGAAAUGACAAAUGUAUCCUCCUCAUGGGAGAGGAGCUGUACAACAAACUACAGCCAGAUGACAGAAGAAACCAAUACAUUCAACGAAGAAUGAGAGAGGUGGCAAGACUCCUCAUCACGGCCAGGACGUGUACACCUCUGAUGUGCUUUGAGGACUUGGUCAUACCUAGUAAUUUACCUCACGUCAUCACGGCAGUGAGAGCUGUUGCUGGCUACAACGAGGAGAACAAAACGUACGACCGUCCGACCCUGGCUGUUCAAAUGGGAUACAACUUAAUGAACAUUGGCAGCGCUGUGGAAUCCUGUGCACUGACGUCAGGACGACACAAAGUCGCAGAGUCUGCUGGCAAAUUCAAAAGUUUCAAGUGGAAUGAGGUUGUUUUGGCUGGAGCACUGUCCACUCUCAGUGAACCCCAAAAUAAAUGCGCCCAGCCGGCCCGUCGCACAGGCGCCCAGCCGGCCCGUCGCACAGGCGCCCAUCCGGCCUGUCUCCCAGCUGAGCCGGCGCCCAGCCAACCCAAAGCAACAUUGUGAGAUUAAAGUGGAUCGUUGAUGAGGUAGCAGCAGUAGAGAAACGCAUGAUGCCGUUCAUAAAGAGUGGCCAAGUUCCUGGAAAGAAGGACUGCCUCAAAUGCCUCCAGUCAGAACCUGUGGCGCUCAAAAGCAGAAACUGGUCGGGCAUUAAGUUCUAUGCAACUAGAAUCAAACAGAGACAGAGUACUGCAGCAAACUUGGGAGACCGCGGCCCUGACGGGUACUUCAAAUCAGGUCCAGAGACUGUCAACGCAACACCUUAGCCAUUGCGUUUCCCAGUCAGACUUCGAACCAGCCAGGGAUUUGAACCAGCAACUUUGUGUGUGGUGGUGGGGGGGUUACAGGUACCAAUAUUUAAAUUCAUAUUCUGUUCCUAUAUUUUAUAUUCAUUAGUUCACACAUUGUACCUGUGGGUUGCCACUAAAAACAUUGAAGAAGAAAUUAACUUCGCCAUUUCCUGGUUGGUAAAAUUCUAACAGUAAACCUAAUUUCAGUUUGUGACAAAACCAGCCAGUAUAGUGUAGAGGAUCAUGGUCCGUCUAAACCGCUGUGAAAUAUAUUUUCCAUAAACAAAAAUAUUGUAUUUUUUUCGUCUGUUUUGAAGCUGGUGUACGAAACUUAAGAACGGGAAGCAUAGAAAUAGGGCACAUAGAACAGAUCUACCGGCUUCCUAGACUUGCUUUCAGUGAGAGUGACAGAUCUAUAACUGUAAGUAGAGACGGAGUCCUCCAUCGGGAUCUUGAGAGGCAGUAGGGCUUAUUUGGUUUCGAUGCAUUUUUUGUAAUUUGAGAUUAAACUGAAUUUUUAUCUAUGAUCUUCAAUGCAUUUGGGAGCAAUAGAGAUACAUUGUCUAGAUAUAGUACAAUAUCGUCUGCGUAUUGGUGUUAUUUUAUUUGAUUGAUGAAUGGCCUGGGCCAGGGGGUUCCCAUGGAUAAUAAAAUAACAAAGGAGAAAUUGA